UGAGAUCACAGGAUGUUGUACCUGUGUUUGUGCCUGCGUGUUCUGUGCUGUCCCUGCCUGGAAGGGCCAUCCCUGACCCCCCUGUGUGUUCUGUUCCAGCUGACGUGGACGGCGCUGGUGGCCGGACGGUCCAUCAUGCUCACGGACCCCAAGGAGAGGCAGGAGCAGGUGAUCAGUUACCUGCCCCUCAGCCACAUCGCUGCCCAGAUGUCUGAUAUCUGGUCAGCCAUGACCUUUGGAGUGCAAGUUUACUUUGCUCAGCCAGAUGCAUUGAAGGGCAGCUUGGUGGAGACCAUGAGGGAAGUGAGGCCAACUGCUUUUCUGGGGGUCCCUCGUGUCUGGGAGAAAAUGGAAGAGAAGAUGAAAUCCGUGGGGAUGAAAUCGUCGGCACUGCGGAGGAAAGUGGCCUCGUGGGCCAAGGGAGUGGGGCUGCAGACCAACCUGAAGAGGAUGAAUGGGUACUCCGAGGUGCCGGUGAACUUCCGCCUGGCCAAGCACCUGGUGUACAGGAAGGUGAGGAAGGCCCUGGGGCUGGACCGCUGCACCAAGUGCUACACAGGGGCUGCUCCCAUCACCAGAGAGACCCUGGAAUUCUUCCUGAGCCUGAACAUUCCCGUGCUGGAGCUGUAUGGGAUGAGUGAGAGCUCUGGGCCUCACACCAUCUCCCUCCCUCACGCCUUCAAGCUCACCAGCUGUGGGAAGGCACUCCCAGGCUGCCAGACCCUGAUCCAUAAGCCAGACAGGGAUGGCACGGGGGAGAUCUGCUUCUCAGGGAGGCACAUCUUCAUGGGCUACCUGAACAUGGAGGACAAAACCAAAGAGGCCAUCGAUGAGGAUGGGUGGCUGCACUCAGGUGACCUGGGCAAGCACGACAAGGAUGGAUUCCUCUACAUCACAGGCAGAAUUAAAGAGCUCAUCAUCACUGCAGGAGGGGAGAACAUUCCUCCCGUUCCCAUCGAGGACGCCGUCAAAAACGCCGUCCCCAUCAUCAGCAAUGCCAUGCUGGUUGGGGACAAAGCCAAAUUCCUGGCAAUGCUUCUGACCCUAAAGUGCAAGGUGGAUGCAGAGACGGGUGAGCCGGGGGAUGAGCUCAGUCCAGAGGCUCUGGAAUACUGUCAGAAGCUGGGCAGCAAGGCCACAAAGGUCUCUGAAAUCAUCAGCAGCAAAGACAAGGCCAUCUACGCCGCCAUCCAGAAAGGCAUCACAGCGGUCAAUGAGGGAGCCACCUCCAACGCCCAGAAAGUCCAGAAGUGGGUCCUUCUGGAGAAGGACUUUUCCCUCUUUGGUGGAGAGCUUGGCCCAACCAUGAAGCUCAAGAGGCCGGUGGUGGCACAGAAAUACAAAGCCCAGAUCGCUCAGUUUUACGCAGAUUUGGACACUCCCAACGGGGAGACCUCAGCCCGGCAGUAACCUGGAGGUCAUCCCUCAGCUCCCCAGAAAGGAUUCCCUGGAUCCUGUUGGAAUAAAGAGGCUCUGCCAUCACGCAGCCCCUCGGCAAAGCUUUGCUGUCCAUGUUCUGGCCGUGCCCUGCAGCGUGGUGAGCGUGGCCAGGCCCAUGUUCUCCUGUGUCUGUGUUCCCUGGUGAGACAUCCCAAGUACCUCAAGCUCUGUUAUUUUUUUUUAUUCCCAUUUUUAUAAGGGCCAAUGCAACGUUUACCUUCAAUCCACGUGAUGUUACGUUUUAACCAAAGUUUUCUUUUUUUUUUUUUUUUUCUUUUCUAUUUUAUUUCUUCCUGAGCUGAAUGUAAAGCAGGAGCUGUAAAUCAGGAGCUGCACUUUCCCUGCUGAGGGAGAAAGGCAGAUUCCAUUUCCCAGCAGUGUCCCUGCUCCCUCCCUCUGCAUGUUUCCCUGCAUGCUGGUGGCAUCUGUGUCAUUUAAAAUCUCUUUCCCCACAAACCCUGUCUGAGGUGACUGCACACACCAGUGGAGGUGAAGCCUCUCAUGGACUGGGUUUGUCUGUGCAAUAUUUUUGAUUUUUUAUUUUUUAUUUGAGUUAUAAUGAAGCCAUAAAUCGUACUGUUGAAGUAGAAUCCAUGGCUGUUGUUCUGGAAGUGAUUUACUCCAGGGACUAUUUAUAAGGCUUGUGUACAAUGUGUGAAAUCUUGUCUGUUAUCUUGCAAUCUAGAGAUGUUGUGGUGUCUGAAAGUGGGAAACUCCAGAGUGGGGGGUGGGUGUGGACUGAGGGUUUGUACCUGUGCUUGGAGAGAGGAGAAAAGUGCUGGGAGCCCAGUGGUUCUUCUGAAGGUCCGUGAUCAGCCAUCCCAGCAGCUGUGAAGGUCCUUCCAAUGGGAUUCACUGGCUGUAGGACACAGGGUUAGGGACCUGCAAAGCUGGAGGGAAGUACCUGUAACCAGCAGCUCCUCAUGGGUCUCCUCUAAGUGGUUCUGCAGGGCCUGGGAAUCCCAACAGCAAAUGAAGGGUUGCCUGGAAAAUGAGUUAUUUCAAACCAGAAAUCCUCACCUGGACUCAAGUGGGACAGCCCAGCCCUGAUUCCAAGUAACUCUUCCCAUGGAAAAAGGAGGAGCAGCGGGAGCUCUGUGCUGGUGUCACACCCUGGCUGGGCUGGGCAUGGACUGGACCUGGGCACUCCAGGUUGGGUUAAACCCAAAGGUGUCUCUGAUUUGGGCUCAGGGAAAUCCCCCCUGCCCCAGGGGAAGGGUGGGAAAUGCACUACUGUCCCUGCUGCUCCUGCCUGUAACGUGUGUUCUGAGCCGUUGGGUUUGCUGUGUCUCCAGUGGUUGGAAGAGGAAUGUGAAAUAAACAAACUCUGCAGUUUGUGUCUCC